AUGAUAAAAGAUGUCUUCCCAGAGAAUAUUGCCAACUUAAUAUUACAGAUGAGAUUAAUUCAACAUGGUGAAGAUACAUUAAUAUGGGAGCCAAAUAGAUCACGAGACUUUUCUGUCAAAUAUGCUUACAAGACAAUUAACAAUGAAUUCUCUAAUCGGGUUAGGCAGCAAAGUUCCAUUUCCAAAGAAACUUGGAGAAAUCUUUGGAGGACAAAAGUUCCGCAUAAGAUUAAAUUGAUCAUUUGGAAAUGUCUGAGGAAUAUUGUCCCAACUCUCACUAAAAUUAGUCAUUACAAGAGAGGAAUUGACACGAAAUGUCCAUUCUGUAACAGUCAGGAUGAAGACAUCCAACAUCUUCUUAUUGACUAUGAGUUUGCAAGGGCAUUAUGGCUCAGAAUGAAUGUUAAUGUGGCUCAUAUUCAGCAACAAAAUAUUCAUGUAGCGACCUGGAUCUUAAGUUGGUUUCAAACUGCAAGUCAAUCUAAACACACUCUGGUCUGGUUAUAUACUCUAAUGUGUACUGCUUGGUACAUUUGGAAAAGCAGAUGCUCUAAGUUGUUCCAAGACAAAAGAGUUAGUUGUUGGUUUUCCUGUCAUGAAAUCAGAAGCCUAAUACAGAACUGCAUGGAUAGCAAUCAACAAAAUCAUCAUAUUUCAACUCAAUUUCAUAUUAAAACUUGGGUUCCACCCAGAGAUAACUGCCUCAAGCUUAAUAUAAAUGCUUCAUUUGAUUAUAAUACAAAAGAAAUUGGCGUUGGACUAAUUCUCAGAGGUUCUGCAGGUUCAGCCAAAGGAAUCAGGGGGAGGUACUUCAAUGGAGGAAUGAAUGUUGAACAAGCUGAAUGCAUGGCCAUGAAGGAGGCUAUUUUGUGGGCCCACCAUCUUAAUCUUAACAACGUCACUUUGGAAUCAGACUGUAGAAAUCUAGUUAAUGCCAUCAGCAGUGUCAGCUCUACUGUCCAGUGGUUGAAUAAGAGCUAUGUAGAAGAAAUAAGACAUCUCCUAUGUUCUGUUUUAUCUUUUGGUGUGGUUUAUGUAAAUAGGUCAGCAAACAAUGUAGCUCAUGUUAUAGCUAAAGAAGCAAGAGGUAAAAAAACUUCUUUUGAUUUCGGUGAAACCAUCCCAACUAAUUUCGAAAAACUUGUAAGGGAUGAAAAGAAGUUAAUGUAG